CUGAGAGGAGCCUCAAUCCAAUUGUCCUUAUGGCUGGAAGGAAAAUGUCAACUACGAACCACUUUCUCUCCAUUUGUGUAUUUGUGAUAACCUUAUGGAAUUUCGCCCACUCAGCCACGGAAAGUGAACUUAUAGCGAACUAUUCAAAGAGUUCCCUCUUUACGGUUCCCAAAGAUUUAUCAACCCAAACAAGCGUUCUGGAUCUGUCGGAUAAUAAUCUGUCUAAACUAGAAGUCUCUAGUUUUCGCUCCCUUCCCAACUUAAAAGUGCUAAUUCUGUCUCAUAAUUCUAUCGGAGAAAUUGAUCUGGGGGUUUUCCAGCACAACAAAAUCUUAGAGCACCUCGAUCUGUCUCACAACAAUCUGUGGAAUGUGUCUAGUUUCCCUAUGAAGAGCCUCAAGCAUCUAGAUCUGGCUUACAAUGACUUUGUCACCGUGCUGUUCUCCACCGAAUUCAUCAAAAUCACAAAACUGGACUAUUUUGGAAUUAGUACAAGAAAGCUUUCAAGUCUCAACGCUCUUGUGCACUUACACGCGGACACUCUGUUUCUGGGCUUAGAAGGUCUUUAUGAAGAUGGGCCAGGAAACCCUCUAGUGUUCAGCGCAAAGAGGGUUCAGAUUGUGCUCCCUCAAGGCGCAAAAUUUCGCCUCCUCUUGAAUCUGGGGUUCAACGGUACAGAAAGUUUAGAACUUUCUAAGAUCCCACUGGGGCAAGUUGAAGACUUAAGAACAUUUCUGUCGAAGCUAACUGAAAAAAGCACGUUGCUAAAUCUAACCAUAACUGACACGAAAUUCAGUUGGAAAGAGCUCGUUGAUGUUUUUAAGGCAGUGGGGAAAUCCAGCAUUAACCAUUUAACCAUCUUAUAUCCAACCAUUACUACGUUCAACGCUGGAGCUUUUAAAAAUGCGGAUCUCUCAUUAAAGAGUUUAACCAUCAAAUAUACACUCCUUGACACAGCAACAUUUGACCAGGACAUCGUGUACUCAACUUUUUCAAACUUGAACAUUGACAGUUUGACUAUUUCUGAUUCUGGUAUAUUAUAUAUGUUGUGUCCUGAAAAACCCAGUCGGUUUAAGUACUUAUGUUUUAAAAACAACACAUUGACUGACACAAUGCUAAGAGGCUGCGAACACUUAGCUAUGCUGCAAACACUCCUUUUACAAAAGAAUAGACUUGAAGAUCUUACCAAGGUGAGUUUAAUGACAAGCGACAUGACCUCCCUGAAUUAUAUGGAUAUAAGCCAGAAUAAUUUGUACUACAAAGACAGUGGAAACGAAUGCAACUGGGGCGAACAUAUAACGCAACUGAAUUUGUCAUUCAACAAGUUAACCGACUCGGUUUUUAGAUGUUUACCGGACAAUAUCCAAAUUUUGAACUUACAAAGUAAUCAUAUUUCAGCUGUGCCUAAAGAGAUCACUAACCUGACUGCUUUAAAGGAGUUAAACUUGGCUUCUAACAGACUCAAUGCCUUUCCAGGAUGCGGCCAUUUUAGCAACCUUCACAUGCUCAACGUAGAAAAUAAUUUUGUCCUGGACCAGUUUUCUGAAUUCUUCCAGACCUGUCAGAACAUCCGAAGAUUAAAAGGAGGACAUAAUCCCUUCCACUGCAACUGUGAAUUAAGGCAGUUGAUUAAUCUUCAAAAAGAAGAAUCCGUGGCAUUAGUUGGUUGGCCUGAUGUUUAUAGGUGUGACUCUCCCAGCGUCAUAAGAGAAACUCUGUUAAAAGAUUUCCAUAUUUCUGAACUUGAGUGCAACGUGACUCUCUUGAUUAUAGUUGUUCUGGUGGUUACUCUGUCGAUAAUAGCCGUUGUAGCCUUCCUCUGCAUCCGCUUUGACAUUCCUUGGUAUUUCAAGAUGAUCUGGCGCUGGAGCCAAGUGAAGCACCGAAUAUGGAAGAAUAAAUCCGAAGACAUCUCUGAGAACGUCCAGUAUCAUGCGUUUGUGUCCUACAGCGAGCAUGACGCUCACUGGGUCAAAACUGAGCUAAUUCCCAAUCUGGAGAAGGAAGACGGGUCCCUAAAGAUUUGUCAACACGAGAGGAACUUCAUCGCCGGGAAGAGCAUUGUGGAGAACAUCAUAGACUCCAUAGAAAAGAGCUACAAGUCCAUCUUCGUGCUGUCUCCCAAUUUCGUGCAGAGCGAGUGGUGCCAUUACGAGCUGUAUUUUGCUCAUCACAAGUUAUUCAGCGAGAACGCCGACGGUUUAAUUCUGAUUUUGUUGGAGCCCAUACCGGCCUACCUCAUCCCCGACAGGUACUACAAACUCAAAGCUCUCAUGGCCCGGAGGACCUACCUGGAAUGGCCAAAAGACACGAGAAAGCAUGCCUUUUUCUGGACUAAUCUCCGGGCAUCUCUCCAGAUUAAACUCCCAAACCCUGAAGAAAUGAAAGAGCUCUAGUUCUUGCGUUCUGACGAGGGACGACACAAGAUCCAUAUCGGAUAUGAAAACAUCUAAGAAAAACAUCUAAGAAAACAAAUGUUGCCUGCAUCCUGAUGUGUAUAUAUUUGAAGACCUUUUUAAAAGGGGCUUUUUUUUAUUUGGGAUAAUUUUCCUGACUUUUCUCCUUCUUAGUUUUUGUAUUGUGUUGGAUUUUGGCUAGAGUCACCUUGGAUUUGUUUAAAAAUUAUCUAGGUGUUCCCAAUUUUUUUUAAAAAAAAAAUCAUGAAAAAAAAUCUC